AUGGAAAAUUGUAAGCCAAUAGCAACUCCACUUGAUGCGAAUUACCAAGUAAGCUGUUCCAUGGAUGAGUGCGAGUUAAUAGACCAAUAUGACUAUCAGUCUAUAAUUGGGGCGCUUAUGUAUUUGACUAUUACAACGAGACCAAACAUACUGCACUCCGUAUCGAAAUUGGCGCAAAGGAAUUCAAACCCUCAUGUUGAGCAUAUGCAAGCAGCUAAGCGUAUUCUGCGUUAUCUUCGUGGUACAAUUGAUAAGAACAUUACAUAUCAAGUUGUUGAGAAUUCAAUGAACGGGUACGUAGAUGCUGAUUGGGGUGGUAAUGCCCUAGACCGUAAGUCGUUUACCGGCUUCAUAUUUUUUGUUGGUGAUUGUCCUGUAUCCUGGGAAUCCAGGAAGCAAUCUUGCGUGGCUCUAAGUAGCACAGAGGCCGAAUAUUUGGCCAUGUCCGAUGCUGCUAAGAGACAAUAUUUCUGA